AUGGCCGAGUCCGUGGCACUCGGAGACGAGCCGUUUGAGCCUGUCAUGACCGGACCGAUUUCGCGUGCGCUAGAACAUCUGCGCCCGUUUCCUCCGAUCCCCGACUCAACAGGCCACCGCGGGGCCGAGCAACCUACCGAUCCGACUAGCUCAACAGCACAGGCUCAGCAGAAUGGAUCCGCGCAUGUACACUAUAGCAAUGGAGUCAUCGACACGAAUAUCCCUCCUCUCGCUACCGUCAUCGAGCGCAUCCACGCCCGCGUCCACGCUUUCCUGAGCGAGUCACACCCUUCCGGCUCACUCCUCGCCUCGGCCCAGAAGCAAACCCGCAUUUCCCUAGAUGUGGUGUCCAAAGCACUCUCCCAAUAUAAACUAUCCGAAUUGUCCCUCUCCUACAACGGCGGCAAAGACUGUCUCGUCCUCCUAAUCCUCUUCCUGGCCGGCCUGCACCCCUACUCCCAGCACGCCCAUACCGAUCACAAGACAACCACCCAGACCACCACCGGCCCUGCAACAGAAGAGGUGAUACCGUCAAUCUACGCCCUCCCACCCGACCCCUUCCCCUCCGUGGAAGAAUUCGUCGUGUCCUCGGCACAAGCGUACCACCUCUCGAUAACGAAAUAUACGACCAGCCCACCGCACACCACAAUCCGCACCGUCUUCGAGGACUAUCUGCAGCGACACCCGGGCAUCCGGGCGAUAUUCGUGGGUACGCGGCGGACGGACCCGCACGGGGCGAAGCUGACGCAUUUCGACCGGACGGAUCACGGCUGGCCGGAUUUCAUGCGCGUGCACCCGGUGAUCGACUGGCACUACGCCGAGAUUUGGGCUUUUAUUCGGCAUUUGGAUCUUGAGUUCUGUGAUCUUUAUCGACAAGGUUACACCAGCUUGGGAGGUACUUCAGAUACCAAGCCCAACCCGAAAUUAAGAAGACCCCAGGAAGACGGAGGCGAUGGGGAGUAUUUGCCAGCGUAUGAGCUGACGCAGGAUGUGGAGGAGAGACUUGGCCGCAAUUGA